GCGGGGUGGCGGGUAGCAAUGGCCGUGUUCAGAAGGCUCCUCGACGCCGCGGUUCCUCGCCAGCCUCUGGCCGACAAGGGCAGCAGGGCCCGGGGGGCGCUGGCCAGCUCCAGGCUGGCGCUGGUGUGCGGGCUGGGAGGGGCGCUCGUGGCCUUUUGUUAUCAUCGUUACCUCGAGGAGCCCGAGGACAGGAGGAGGAGGAGGAGGAGGACCAGACUCGGGGUCAGGUUCGGGCUCCCGGACAGGGGCAGGGCUGCCCGGCCGCAGCUCGCUCUGCCGAUCGUGGCAGCCAAGGAGAAGCCCAAGAGUGCAUUUGAAGAAUAUGACAUUGAAGAUGUUGAACUCUAUGUUUCUUCCCAAGAGCAACGAUUCAGGCAGUUUGCUUCAGUAGAAUAUGAAGGCCAAUUUUACAUGACCCCAAAGGACUUCAUUCAAGCUGUUACCACUGAUGAACCAAGUCGAGUUCACCCUCGGAAAUCGCUUACAAGACAGGAAUUGGAAAAUGUGCUCAUAGAAACUCCUCCUGUUUGGAAAGGCACUUCAAAUCUUUUUCGAACUUUACAAGACAGAGGUAUAAUUGCCUACACAGAAUACUUGUUUCUCUUGUGCAUAUUAACGAAACCUCAUGCAGGUUUUAAAAUAGCUUUCAACAUGUUUGAUACUGAUGGCAAUCGGAUGGUGGAUAAGAAAGAAUUCUUGGUGCUUCAAGAAAUUUUUAGGAACAAAAAUGAGAAAAGAGGAAGGAGAGGUGAUGAUGAGGAAAAGUCUGCACAAGUGAAUCUGCAACUUUUCGGUUAUCAGUAUGCUCCUAGUCGCAGUGUACUAAAAAAAGAUUCCCCAGAUCAGAAUGCAAACAGAAGCUACUGGGAUAUACUGAGGCGUAACACCAGCCAAGCACUUUUUUCAAACCUUGUAGAGCGUAUAGAGGACAGUUUCAUUGUUGACACUACACUUCUUGUACAUUUUUUUGGAAGAAGAGGAAAGGCUGAGCUUAAUUGUGAUGACUUUUACAGGUUCAUGGACAAUUUACAAACAGAGGUUUUGGAGACUGAAUUUCUUUCAUAUUCCAAAGGAAUGAUCACUAUUAGUGAAGAAGAUUUUGCUCGUACUCUACUGCGAUAUACAAAUGUAGACAACAUAAGCAGUUACCUGGAGAAUGUUCGUCAAAGAAUUCCUGAAGACAAGGGUAUCACUUUUGAUGAAUUCAGGUCUUUUUUUCAAUUUCUGAAUAACUUGGAGGACUUUGCCAUUGCAAUGCAAAUGUAUAAUUUUGCAAAUCGCUCAAUUGGGCAAGAUGAGUUCAAGCGUGCUGUAUAUGUAGCCACAGAUCUCAAACUUUCUCCACAUUUGGUCAAUACAGUCUUCAAGAUCUUUGAUGUAGACAGAGAUGAUCAGCUAAGUUAUAAGGAAUUCAUUGGUAUUAUGAAAGAUAGGCUUCAUAGAGGAUUCAGGGGCUACAAAUCUUCACAGCAACACCCCAAUUUCAAAAUUUGCCUGAAAAAGGAGUUCUUCAAUAGAUAAGUGGUCAAGUUGCAAGACAGUGAAGGUUACUGCAUGUGUGUGCAUAAAAAAAUGAACAAACACUUGAAAUUUUCAAGGCAAUGAAGAAUAAGUUCACUAGGUGAUGAUCUUGACUUUUGCAGGAAGUCACAGAGUACAAUGGUAAGAGGCCAUUGGACGAAUUCACUUUCAAAUCCCUCCACAGCCUCCCUCUACACGUCUGCAACCCUAAUGCCUGGCUGCUCAAUGUGUUCAGUGCAAAACAGCCUGCUUCUUGUCCCCUUCCAAUCAGUAUGGGAGUUUUCAGCCACUAUACCCCUGCUCGGGCUCCGUCUGAUGCGUGAAGUGCUUUGAGCCAUCUUCCAGUGUGAAAGGGGCUGUAUAAAUUGUUACAUCUUAAACGUGUCAUAAAUCUCCUACUUGAGGUUGCAGGCAUAUCAAUAGAGUAAAUUUGCAUGAAGCACACAAAAAAAUGUUGUACUGCUUAAAUGCUGGGUGCUAUUUAUUGCAUUGAGAGUGCUCAAUAAAUUGGUAAAAUAACAGCAUCGUGAAUUUCAGUAACAGAUCAUUUCCUGAUUAUUUAAAGUAGGUGUAGAAGUAUGUAUCAUGAUCACAGAUCUGCUAUAUGCUGCAUUGUGCUGGUAGUUCAUUAAUUAAAAACUUUGCAGUGUAGCUUUUUUUACCUGACUAUCAAAUUUGAGGUUAGGUUGGCACAAUACAAUUCCAUACAAAACAUGGCUAGCACCAUAUUUCUAGACUAUUGUUUGCAUUUAAUGUAAUAUGUUAUUAAAAUGCAAAGGUGUAUUGUGCUGUUGAACCUGGGGUACUUUUGUUUGCUUAUUGAAGAAUUUAGUUGAAACAUAGGCAAGAAAAUAUUUUAUUGUUUUGUUUCCAUAGUUGAGUUAUAUAAUUAUGUAUUGAUGUAAACAAAUAUUGAAAUAAUUGAAUACAUAUACUUUUUAGGAAAAAUUUAAUCACGUCUCAAAAAGGAACAUCAACAAGUCAUUAUUGUGCUGUUGUAUCUGAUAACAAAAACUGUUAAUACAUAUUUGUGUUUUAAAUUCGUUUUUAAAAUAGUAUUGUGUGUUGUACCCCAUACUCGGCACACUUUCUUUCACUGAAAAAUAAACUAUGCAUAAUUUAGUUUUAACUUAUUUUAUUUUGUGUUAGGCGAGGUUUGCUGUGCAUAAUUCUGCAAAUGUGAAGAGACCUUAAUGAGCAUGGUUAUAAUUGAAUGUGGAGUAUUGUAUAUUCUUCAAAGAUCAGAUUUACAGCAAAUUAAAAUAUAUUAUGGUCAACAUGGUGUUGCAUUGAAAUUCAAGAUUUAGUGCAGUAAAUGUGACACGUGACCCCCCUCAUGCCCUUCUCAAUGCCAAAGUCCAUGAAUUUUUUGGAGUUUGAUAUUUAGUAACAGCUAGUAUCCCAUUAAUCAGCAAUUGGUUCAUAGGAUAGAAGUCCAGUCUUUACAGAUUUCACCAUUGAGAAUGGGGGGCAAGUGUAUAAAACACAUAAUUCCUUGAUGCGAAAUAUGGCUAACAAAGGAAAGCUGCUUUGGUUGGUUAUCUAAACAAAGUACGUGUACUUUGAUUAAUCUUUCAAAAUUAGCAUUAUUGUUAAAAAAACGAUGCUUUUUAUAGAAGGGGAAAAAUAGUUGUGGAUUUUGUGACUAGUUUGACAAAAAGGAUGAAAAUCACAAAGUCCAUAAUUUGAGUGCUGCGUAGGACAGAGUACAUCCAUAUGAUUGUAUUUUGUUUUUAUGUAACUGGUAAAUGAAAAAUUUUCAAAAGUUAUAGUUUAAGAUUUUCAGUCCAUUUCGAGGUCCUGUAUCAGUUAUAAUCUGUCUGACCUUCUCAAACUCACCUAGUGUGCAACCUUGGCAUCCAGACCAAUCUUCAGCUCUCGUUUUUCCCUGAUGUUCGGUCACUGACCAAUUCCUCUUUUCUUCACCUCUACCACAUUGGCCACCUCCACCCUAAUCUCUCACCAAAUUACUACCAACACACUUAUUCACGCCUUUGUGUCCCACUGAGACUUUUUAAAGCACUCCUCACUGGUACCCCUAGCUCCGGCUUCCACAAGCUCCAGAUAAUCAAGAUAAUUUUUUAAAAAAUGUUAAAAACUAAAGGGAUAUGGAGAUAGGGC